AUGGAUGAAAAUUCGUUCAAUGUUUUUGUAGAUGAACAACAACAACAACAAUCGAUCUCAUCAGAUUCGUCAACUAAUAAACACCAAGAACAAAUUCAUUCGUCUUCAUCAGAAUCUUCUCUAUUGUUGUCUUCAUCGUCAAAUACACCAGUAUCUAAUGUUAUUGAUAUCAGUCGUUCAGCUGGUGAAUUACCAGCCAAACCAAUACGUUCUUCUUAUCCAUCAAACAAAGAUAAAAGAUCUUUUCAUAGUCAAUGGUAUUCACGUUUUACUUGGCUAGAAUAUUCGGAAUUAACAGAUUCAGCCUAUUGUUAUUAUUGCAGACACUUUACUGAAAUUAAUUAUAAACAAUAUGUUGCACGUACAAAAUCUAGUACAAAUGUACUACAAGUGAUAGAUAAAUCAAGAAAUGAAUUGGUAAAACGUAAUCGUGAAAAACGAAUUAAAAUUGUCUCAACAUUACAUUUGUGUGGUCGGCAAAUGAUUGCUACACGAGGGCAUGAAGAAGGUGAAUCAUCAUUAAAUCGAGGAAAUUUCAUCGAAUUACUACGUUGGGCUAGUAGUACUGAUCCAGUUGCUUUAUCUAUUCUUGAAGAUAGUGAUCGAAAUGCAACUUAUCUUAGUCCAUGUAUACAAAAUGAGUUAAUUUCACUUUUAGCGAAUCAGAUUCAACAAAAAAUAUCAGAGAAAAUAAAAGGAUGUGUUUUUGCAUUGAUGGCUGACGAGUCCCGUGAUGUAUCUGGAUGUGAACAGCUUAGUGUAGUCAUACGUGUUAUUGAUCGUAAAGUUGAGACAAAUAAUGAUCGAAAUCAAUAUUCAUCUCUAUUCAAAGAAUAUUUUCUUGGUUUCGUCAAACUUGAUCAAUUUGAUGCUGAAACGUUAAAUAAAGAGAUUGCACAGCUUUUAUCGUCUUUAAAUAUUGAUUUACAAAAUUGUAUAGCAGUGUGUUUCGAUGGAGCGGCUGUUAUGGCUGGAAAAAAUGGUGGCGUGCAAGCUUUACUACGCCAACAAUAUAUUCCACACGCAAUCUACAUACAUUGUUAUGCACAUAAGUUGAACCUGGUCAUUUGUGAUGUUACAAAGGAAGUUCCCUAUUUAUCAGAAUUCUAUUCCAUCAUCAGUAAAAUUUAUACCUAUUUUCAUAAAUCAAGUGUGACGAAUGAAAUAUUCAAAUUAGUUCAACAAAGAUUAAAUUUAGGUACGAAUAUUUCGAGUUUAUUUAUCAGCAACAAAACAGAAGCUUGUUAUUUAUUUUUUGUAGAAGAUUCCUCCAGUAGCUCCACUACUACAGUAAAAAAAUGGGCUGAAACAAGAUGGGAUAGUCGUUGGACAUCUAUCAAAUAUAUUAUUCAAAAUUAUAAAGUUUUAAUUAAUAGUUUAGAAGAAUUAGCAGAUGAUGGUACAGAACGUUCCACAGAUGCACGAGGUUUAUUAUUAGCAUUAAAUGAACCAUUAUUCAUUGUAACUAUUUUCAUUAUGGAUCGUUUACUUGGUAAAAUAAAAAUCUUAUCAGAUCAAUUAAAGUCAAAAUCACUCGAUUUCGGUACAGCUCAUAGCUUGAUUAGUGCUGUUAUUAAUCAAAUUAGUGAGCUUAGAAAUGAGGAAGAAUUUACCAAAUUAUAUGAUCAAAUCAUUGAAUUUUCUGAUAAAAAUAAUAUUGAUUUGAACAAUAAAAUGAAAGAAAGAAGAGUAAGAAAAACUUCUACAAGAUUUAAUAACUGUUUAAUUACAUGUACAAUUGGACAACGUGAAGAAAUUAAUAAUAAAAAUAAAUAUAGAAUAUUUGUUUUCUAUCCAGUAAUUGAUUCUAUUCUUAUCGAAAUCAAUGAUCGUUUUUCGAAAACAAACAUGGAUAUUCUUCGUAGUGUUUCAUCAUUAUCACCUGAUAGUUCAAAAUUUUUAGAAAUAGAUGAGUUGAAAGCUUUAUGUGUAAUGUUAAAAUCGGAUAUUCAAUUAUUAAAUAAUGAAAUUCAAGUACUAAAGCCAAUGUUAAAACAAUUAAAACCAAAAAAUAUGAUCGAUUUAUAUUUUGAAGUUUUACCAUUCGAACAAGCGUUUCCAAGUAUUCUUUCACUUCUUAUCGGCGCAAUGACAAUUCCAGUAUCAUCUACCACAACAGAAAGGACCUUCAGUAAAAUGAAGCUCAUUAAAACUGUUGCACGUAACAGCAUGUCCGACAACAGGCUUAGUGAUUUAUCAUUACUAGCAAUUGAACGAGAGUUCUGCGUUGAUUAUGAAAAGAUUAUUGAUGCUUUUGCUAUUCAACAUAAGAACAGCAGAAUAAUGCUGAAGUAG